UUACCCUUCAUACCACAUUUUGGACCUUUUGAUGUCGCAAAACAUUGUUCUGGAUCUUCGCAAUUGACUACCCCACAGCUAAUUCCAGUAGCAAGAGGAGUAACGUCGUCAGGAAUAGGGGAAGAAAAAUUGGUAAAAAGGAGGAUGAUCAAUGUCUUUGUUAGACCAUUAGAUUAUAUUGGUAGCUGUAAUGAAGUUUUACCAUUUGAAUUAGAAUCAUCGAGUAAAAUAUUUUUACAACAAUUAUAUUGUGAUAAUGGACUGUGCAAGAAAAAAUUUAGUACAACCGACGAGAUUUGUUAUUCUUCAAAUCAAUGUUUAUCUCAAUUGUGCGGUGAUGCAACAGCGAUUCAACCAAUUGAUGGUAAUACGAUAUUCGAAGGAAAAACAUGUAUAUUCGAUAAUUUUGUAGCAUAUGAUCAACUAAAGGGGAAUAGAAGUUCGGAUUCAAUGGUCUUUGUGAUUAUAAUCCUAUUAAUAAUACUACUCGGUUUGAUAAUUUGUGGUUAUGCUCGUAGAUUAUUUAGAAAACAGGAAGAAAAUAGUGUUGAUAAUUAUUCACGGAGGGUAAUUGAUCCUGAAACUGGUGAAAUCACCACUUUAGGUGGAAGGGUAAGAAGAGGUGCUUCUAUCUUACUUAAUCGUGGUGGUUCUUUAAAUAGAUCAAAUAGC